AUGGAGCUUGCAUUAACUUUCGGGGCCUUUGGUGACUUCAUUGCAAUCACUGUUCUGAUCAAGGACAUUAUCACCGCGCUUGACGACUCGCAUGGAUCAGGCAAGGAAUACCGAGAGCUAGUACAACAACUCAAUACUCUCAGACAGACACUAGACGCGGUACAAAAGUCGUUCGAGAAUCCACAUUUGACCCAUUCCCUAGAGGGUAUCUCAGGAAUUAUGCUUGACACAGUGGCCCAGACCAAGAAAUGUUUGGUUAGCUUGCUGGAUCAGAUUAAAAAGUAUGAGCCAACCUUGGCGGCCACUUUUUUGGUGAAGAAGACUUCGUUGAACGGCAUUCGGGGGAGGGUUCAGUGGAAGUUGAAUAAGAAAGAUAUCGACAGAUUCCGUACCGAGUUGGCAGUGCAUACCGGGGCACUCAAAUUGGUUUUAGAGUUGGCCGCAAUAAAGCAAUCUGCUGCCGAGGGUCGUACAGCCGCCUUGGUUCGUCAAUCAGAGGCAUCGUUGGAAAGAUUCCUCGACUGUGUUGGUCGAAGCAUAAUUUCUAAGUUGGACAUCAUUUACAGCUUAGGUGCACAACUCAGGAUUUCAACAUGUCAAAUUGCCUCUAUGAUAUACAGCAUCGCAGGGGAUCUGAACAACAUCAAGGAUAUCUGCAUGCGCCUCGAUAGAGGACCAAGCGAUGAACAUUUCAUCCUAGAAGAUAUCACUGGAAGGGUCUUUCCCAUCCAUCUGAAAACUAUCACUUCUUGGGAGAUCCUCCAAUUCAUACUGAGCGAGCGGUUCAAAGGGAAGAAAGGUGCCCGUCGGGUUCAGCACAAACGUUACACACUACGGGAGAACAAGACCCAGAGAUUGAUCAAUAGGUCUAUACCGUGGGAUAGCGCUUUUUUACCAUAUCAAAAAGUCAACAUGAGCUUGAUGUGUAAUGAUCAAAACCUCAACCUGAGCUUGAGUAAUGAAGCUGAGAGUAACUGUACAUGCGUCAGGGGAGCUUUAAACCGUCCUUUCUGCAAAACGUCUUUGGACGGUGUCGUUCCUCUUGGGGUCGAGACGGAAUGGGAAGUCUACUUGCAUUCUUCUCUUAUAAGACAGUUGACUAACUGA